CAAAGAUGUGUCGUUUUAUAUCACUGUGACGUUUGUUUGGAGGAUGACUUUCUAUUGUUUCAAGACGUAUAAUGUCUUUUGUUUGAAGCUAAAAUUCUUCGUUAACAUGUGAAAGACGUCAGUUGUGCCACAGUAUGUACCAAACUUGACCAAACAGCGACUUUUAAUUGGUACUCUUGAUGAGCAAUAGGUUUAUUCGUGCUAUAGUACGUGCUUGACUUCUCUUUCAACGCUACACCACCGUUCCAAAAGCGGAACCUUCAACUAAUCGUCCAUAUCAAAGACACCCGAGUCUAAGGAACAUGGGGACGUCUCAAGCAAAUGAGCGUUUAAAAAUGGAAACUAUCAGAAUAUUAUGUGAGGUACGGUGACAAAAUGAGUUACAUCUUGGGUUUUAUCCCGGUUUGCAAAGAUACUUCAAAUUUAUAGGUGUCAGCUUGUGCAAUUUAUAGAUAUAAAAGGAUAAUAAGCAUGUGAAACUUGAAGAAAAUGACAUCCGUUGAAGAUAUACAAUUAUGACCCCUGCGGCAAGUUUUGGCCUAUAUCCCCAUUCUCGGACUGUUAAAAGCAACACUUUUUGUCAGCAACCCUUACAGAUAAUGACUAUAUAUAGUUUUUUAAUAAUAAACUUAAAUCAACGUUACUAAAAAGCUUGAAUUAAUUUCUUUAAAAAACAAAGAAUCUUUUGAAAAAUUAAUUUUAGCAACAGAGAAAGCACCGAAAAAUAUAAUCGAGGCUAUGGAACAAGUUAUAUUGGAAAAUAUAACGUCGGGGCAAGACAGUUCCGUCGCGCCGUUGGUCAGUGUGACAGCCCUACGCACUAUCGAAACGGCAUUUCUGGUCCUUCUCAGUAGCUUUGUCUGUGUGUUUGGCAUAUUUAGCAACAUCGUGAACCUUAUCAUUUUCUGGAAACACGGCUUCCGGGAGAGCAUCACUGUCGGGCUGACAGGCCUAGCCGUUUCCGAUCUUGGCGCCGUUAUCAGUGGUAUAAUUCUUAGCAUCUGCUUUAACCCUAUGAUUCCCUUCUCAGAGUUAGGGGUCAAUAUCAUAGAAGUCCAGAAGCUGGUAGGCUCUCGACCACGUGUAUGUUUCGCGCGCAUCACAGGCCUUAUUACCAUGUACCUCGCCUUCGAAAGAUGUCUGUGUGUGGCUGUGCCGCUGCACGUGAAGAGAAUACUCACACCACGUCGGACGUUGGCAGCAGUCAUGUCUAUCUCUGCUUUGGUCAUCCUCAUCGACAGUCCCAUCUACGCCGCCUUCAGACUCGACUGGACAUUUUCCCCUUCCAAGAAUGCAUCUGAACUAGGUAUAGUCUCGGCACCAAAUGCGAAAGAUCUCCAGGGUGUUAGUUUCGUCAUCAGUGCCAGUGUACAAGUCAUCUCUUUCGUUGUCCUAGUUGUGCUGACGUCAGUCCUGGUGGUUUUGUUAAAGAGGCGGUCCCAAUGGAGAACACAGGUGACACGAUCGACAGCCGGGUCAUCACACAGAAAGGACAUCUCUCGUCAAGAACAGAAAGCUAUCAGGCUGACCAUCAUGGUAGCCACGAUUCUCAUUUGUUCUCUACUCCCGGGCUCUUUGCUUUUCUUUGCUGCAUUUUUAGAACCAGAGUUUAACACUGGGCGUCGUUACCAGAAUCUUUACAUUAGUAUCUGGUCCGUUAUCUCCUUUAGUGAAGUUUCCAAUUCGAGUGCCAAUAUUUUUGUUUACUAUAAGAUGAACACAAAGUACAGAAAUACUUUUCGAGAUUUGUUUUGUAGAAAGAAAGAUGUUGUUACAGCAUCUCCAGGUGAUAUGUCUGGCUCUGUAAAGUGAGCGUCUCCAUCUCGUCGUCACAAAUUUAUUAAUUUUUUUACAUACUCUAUCUAAACGCACUUCAAUAAGUGUAUCAUUUUGAUAAAAAUGCUUUAAUAUUUUGUUCAUUUAACAAUAGUCAGAAUUCACCUCAUUUGCACCUUAGAAGUAAAUUGGUUUUGAUGUUUUGCAUCCUGCAACCGGAAUACACCUCAGUUGUUUAGAAGAAGCUAGACACAUGUACCUCAGUUAUUAUAGUAUUCGCUUCAAUUGUACCUUACUCGUAGAAAUAAGUGGUUUUACUAUCAAUUUUUUCUUCGUCUU